GACCAACGGAAUCGAUUCGCCGGUAAACACAAAACCUCCGUAGAAAGAUCCAACGGCAACGUCAGACCCACCGAAGAAGACGACACGAAGGCGAAAAAAGAUAGGGAUAAUAUCGUAAUUUCCAGGUUUUGGAUCAGUAGUGUUCAAUAAUCUCAAGUGUUGUUUAAGCUUCUGAACUAUAUCCAUGGAUCAUGCAGAACUAACUUUAGAGCAGGUAUUGAAAAGAGACAUACCAUGGGAGACUUACAUGACAACUAAGCUGAUUUCAGCAACAAGUCUCCAGCAUUUAAGGCGCUACGAUAAAAAACCCGAAAGUGCAAGGGCACAGUUGCUGGAUGAAGAUGGUCCAGCUUAUGUUCAUCUGUUUGUUAGCAUUUUACGUGAUAUAUUCAAGGAAGAAACAGUUGAAUAUGUUUUGGCUUUGAUUUAUGAAAUGCUCUCAGAAAACCCGACACGAGCUCGGUUAUUCCAUGAUAAAUCUUUGGCACAUGAGGAUACUUACGAGCCUUUCUUGAGGUUGCUGUGGAAGGGAAAUUGGUUCAUUCAAGAAAAAAGCUGCAAGAUCCUUGCCUGGAUAAUAAGUGCUAGGCCAAAAUCUGGUGAUGGUGUUAUUGCUAAUGGAGAAGCUUCGGGUUCAAAGAAACAGAUUACUACACUUGAUGAUGUUCUCAAAGGGUUGGUGGAAUGGCUUUGUGCUCAGUUGAAGCAACCUUCUCAUCCUACUCGUGGUGUUCCAAUUGCAAUCAGCUGCCUAUCAUCACUGCUUAAGGAACAUGUUGUCAGAUCGUCGUUUGUUCAGGCAGAUGGGGUUAAGUUACUUGUCCCUUUAAUCUCCCCUGCAUCCACUCAGCAAUCUAUCCAGAUUUUGUAUGAAACAUGUCUCUGCGUGUGGCUUCUGUCCUAUUAUGAGCCUGCAAUAGAGUACUUAGCAACAUCUAGGACAAUGCAAAGGCUCACGGAAGUGGUUAAGAGCUCGACAAAGGAAAAGGUUGUCAGGGUGGUCAUAUUGACGUUCAGGAACUUGCUUCCAAAAGGUACAUUUGGUGCCCAGAUGGUUGAUCUUGGACUCCCACAUAUUAUCCACAGUCUAAAAACACAAGCAUGGAGUGAUGAGGACUUGCUGGAUGCACUGAACCAACUAGAAGAAGGGCUAAAAGACAAGAUCAGGAAAUUGAGUUCCUUUGACAAGUAUAAGCAAGAGGUUCUUCUUGGCCAUCUUGAUUGGAACCCAAUGCACAAAGAUGCCAAUUUCUGGCGUGAGAAUGUCACAAGCUUUGAGGAAAAUGACUUCCAGAUACUCAGGGUCCUCCUCACGAUCCUGGACACGUCUAGUGAUCCAAGAUCGUUGGCGGUGGCAUGCUUUGAUCUAUCACAGUUCAUACAGUACCAUGCAGCGGGGAGAGUGAUCUUAACAGACCUCAAGGCGAAAGAACGAGUGAUGAAACUGAUGAACCACGAGAACGCCGAGGUCACCAAGAACGCCCUCUUGUGCAUCCAGAGGCUUCUCCUGGGUGCGAAGUACGCUAGCUUCUUGCAAGCUUGAUGGGAACUUUGCAUGUUUCUAUAAUAUGGAAAGUAAAUAAAACACACACAGAUUGUGUCCAAACAAAACAUGCAUCAUCUGUUUAUUAUGUAUCCUGGAAAAUAUCUGCUCUGCUAUUGUAUGCUUAAAUAGAUUAUUUCUGGGUUGUUUUUUUUCCUUCUAUUGUAUAUAUAUUCAAUAAAAAGAGGCUCAUUUGUUACAGAGAGACAAUUUUGGGCCAAAUUUGUUGUA